AAGCGCGCGAUUCUGAUCGGACGUUACAAUCUCUCCCCAUAACGUGGAUAUAUUUUUGUCGAUUUCUGGAAUAUUGUAGUGGAUAUUAUACCACUGCUCAACUAUAACUUAUAUUGGCUGCUACUCUAGCUUCCAAUUCUGCAGAUAUAUCACCGCCAGUUAUCAAGUUUGGAUCCACUCUUUCGCAGGGCUCAUCCUCCUUAUUGUAACUUUAGAACAACGUCACAGAAAAGAAAACUGUAGAGAAGUUCAUCAUUUUUUGGUUUACAUACCAGGAUCAAUUUACAGGAUAAUUGGUUUCUAUAUACUCUGUAUCUUACUUUUUAGUACUUUGUAAAUUUAUUGUUUAUUUAUAAGCAAUAAAAUUCCAUACGGUAUCCAUAGUAGUACUUAAUCUGUAUAUCCACUCGAUAUACUAUUUUUCCAUAUACCCGUUUUCGAUUUAGCUCGGCUUUAACUUUAAACCAUAUUGAUUAGUUUUCAGCAAUGGCACAACGUAAUAAACGAGUACUUUCCAUACGUAAGAAUAGUUUGGGUCACUCAGCUAAGAAGAUACGUACAUCACUGUGCGUUCCGCGUAGCCUCAACAAUGUCCCCGAAGUCAUUGUUCCCGACUUGUUGUCAGAGGUAUAUGCAACUGCUGAACAAAAUAAGUUGGACCUUAUAUCUCUAGGAAACUCUGUGAAGGAAUUAAAUGAGAAUAUAAACACCAUUAAGCCACUACUGCUUCUUUGUAACCCAACUCAUGAUGCUAAUCCGGAAAGUCUGCUGAAAUCUGAGCGUAUGUUAGACUUUAUAGCCAGUGAAGUUACUAAACGAAUCAUGUCCUCGUACAACGUUCUCGCUUACAAUCUGCCUGAUCGGACGCCUCUGGACAAAAUCAAAGUGACAUGUCUCCAAGCGUGUGGCAUGCCAUCAGCGAAUUGCCACCUAAUCAGACUCAGGAAAAAAUCAGGAAAGUAUACUUGCCCUGUGCUGUUUAAAUUCAGUAGUCCUAAUGAUGCUAGGAAAUUUCAGUCGUCAAAUAAGUUAAUUAGUUCAUCCACACCUUAUGGUAAUAUUAAACUUGCCCAUGACCUAACGCCAUGUCAAAGACGUAGCCGCGCAAGUGUACCAAGUGUCGCAAAAACUUACGUAACAGCAGAAUGUCCUAUAGAAGACUCUGUCGCCUUAAACUUGAGUAAACCUAAUGGUACAGACAUACAUGAAAUACUCUUAAAUAAUAAAAAUUUACCUAGUAAACUCAACGAUGAAGCAACUACGGUCAUAGACUUAGAUGCAUCUUCAGAGUUAUGCUCGCUAGCCACAUCACCAUCAGCCGCUAAUACCACUACCAACGUUAAGCAAAAGACUAAGCUCGAGCAUGUAGCAUUAAGCAUAUCCUCCCCGAGCAGCACUCAGAUUAGUGAGCAUACAAAACGAAGUAAAAUAACCCUGCCAUCCAGAAUACCUGUACUCAAACACAUCACUGAUAGGUUUCUCAGCAGCGAACCAGAUAACAUUAACUUAAGCGACCCCAAUCAUACCACUAAACCAGGGAAGCAGAAUAAGCCCUCAUACCGCCAUAAAUCUAACGUCAAUGAAAAGAGAGGUAACCCGCCGAUUCAUCCAACAUCAAACAAGUCUUCGUCCGAUAGACACAACAGACGCUAUAUGUCUGGGCACCCUAAAAAUAAGUCGAAGCCCGACGGGCAGGCAUACACCUACCCCGACACAACUUUCCAAUCUAUGGCUACUAUAGACAAAAGUUUGAUCCAGGGACCUCUACAACAAGGAACAAGUGCGCUAGGCAUGUUUCCUAAAGGUGGCCUUUUGACUCACCACAUCCCCGAAAACCAUCGCAUACAGACCACCCAAGACCGUCAAUGGACUAAUAUUUACGAAAAUAACUUAAACACACAAAAUAUUAGUCAUAACUGCGAUACACGUAACUCUACCCCAGCAUACUAUCCACAAGGAAUACCUACCUCCCCCCAUCCAAUCUAAAUUUUCUCAGCCAACACGAAAUUUCAGCCUCAAUAUUGACGCAAAUAGCACACAUACUGUCAAGCCACUUAUCACCGGAUGGGAGGGCGAUGCAUUGGAGGCACGGUAUUAUGAACACCUCACACCCGCCGGGGUAACAAACGAUGGCACAUCUCUCUGUGCUGAUACUGGUGUAGGGCACUUUUCCAGCACUGCUAGUAAGUGGCCACCAUCUGAGUUAGCACCCAUCAAACAAUCUGUUCUAGACGCCAUAAACCUUGGAGAGAAUAUUUUUAAAGAUAUAUGCGAUUUCACCGUCACCCCUAACUCUCUCUCAUUCUGUCUUAUCAAUGCUCGCUCCUUACUCAACAAAAUGUUCGACUUCACGACAUUAUCCCUAAUUUGCAAUCCGUCUCUCAUAAUGAUUACUGAGACAUGGUGCACUCCUCAGAUUUGCGAUAAAGAUAUUUCUAUUGAUAACUAUUAUGUAUUCAGAGGCGACAGAAACUAUGGUAGAGGAGGAGGAUGUGCUAUGUAUAUCAGGUCUGAUAUUAAGGCCACACAGUGCUUCUACCCAGAGCUCAUCACAGAUAACGAUUCAGUGUGGGCUAUUCUAAGACUGUCUCACUCCAGUUCCUAUCUUAUAGGUUGCAUCUAUCACCCCCCGUGCUCAACCGUUGAAGGUAAUAUGAAGCUUGCUAGCACGUUCGCUUACGCCACUUCACUACCUCACACGGCUAAAAUUAUAUGUGGGGACUUUAAUAUGCCCGAUGUAGUCUGGCAACCACUUUCCUCACCAAAACGGUACAAUGAAUUUAUCAACAUAAUAGAAACAAAAGAAUGGCAACAACACGUACAGUAUCCUACCAGGCUAUCUAAGAUUUUAGAUCUAGUUUUCACUAAUGGUAUCAUCCCCACUACCCUUCGAGUAGGUAAAGAGUUUCCUGGCAGCGACCACAGAGUAGUAUUCGGUACAUUUAAUAUUUGCACUAGCAUGAGUUCGACAAUAAACGCCAACAAAGUAUUACUCAGGGGUUACAGACAUGCUCAGUGGGAUGAACUGAAACCAUACAUACGCACCCUAGACUGGGAGCCAUACUUUACGUGCAGCUCGGCUAUAGAGACAAACAAAUUACUCUAUGAGAACCUAGGAUUUGCACAUGACUUCAUCGCUCCAGUAAGACUUGUGAAAACGAGGCCUAAACAGCCCGACUUCAUCCCCGUAAAGAUUCGAAACCGACUGCGUAAGCAUGCUAGGCAAUUCUACAGAUAUAAUGACUUUUCAUCACUCAUUACACUCAAGCAAACUUAUGAUUCAUACAAAUCUAAUCAGUUAUCUGAGUCCAUCAAACUAGAACGCAUCCUCCACUCACGACCUGAUAAUACAGAGGCAUUAGUUAAACUAAUUAAGUCACGAAUCAACAACAACAGAAUAAGUAUCCCUAACUUAUUACUAGAUGGAGAAAAACUACACGAAGACCCGCAGGAGAUAUGUGAGUUAUUCAGCUCCCACUUUUCUAGCUACUAUACUAUCGAAGAAACAGUAGAUAGUCUUGAAGUUCCGACAAUACCAAAUCACUUUUUGGGUAAUAUAACAUUCACCCAACAAAAGAUUUCCUCCGCUAUAGCAUCCCUCCGGACAUCAUAUAACGCUGGGCCCGAUGGAAUUCCAUCUAUCUUGUUGAAAAGAGGUGGUGAGGAUAUACCCAUUAUCCUACUAAAGUUUUUCAUUCUGUCCUUAAAUAAUGGCAGUUACCCAGAAUGCUGGAAACUGUCGUUUAUAACCCCUAGGCACAAACAAGGACCAACUUCUAACAUCGAAAACUACCGACCGAUUAAUAUCACGUCAGUAGUUUCCAGGGUUAUGGAAAAGGUUAUAGGGCAAGAUAUUGCUUUAUACCUCCACCUUCACAAAGUGUUUACUCCAGCACAACACGGCUUCUUGAAAAAUCGAUCAUGCUCCACCUGCCUACUUGACUACUUUGAUGAUGUUACCGCUAAGCGUGAUCAUGGUUUGUAUGUCACAACUCUCUUCUUUGACUUCAAAAAAGCCUUUGAUAAAGUCCCACACAAGAGACUAAUCCUUAAGCUAAAGUCGUACGGGUUCCAAGACCCCUUGUUAUCCUGGCUCAUUUCUUUCUUGGAAGAUCGUUCCCAAGUUGUGAAAUUUGCAAAUAAUUACUCGUCACCCAGACCUAUAAGAAGUGGAGUGAUUCAGGGUAGUGUACUAGGUCCACUGCUUUUCGUAAUCUACAUUAACGACAUCUGCAGCGUAAUCAAGCAUGGUACCCCAUACCUCUUUGCUGACGACUUAAAGAUUGUAUACAGCUUCCCCCAUUCUACACUAAACGAAGGAUUCACACAUAUUCAAGAUGAUCUGGAUAGGUUACAUAACUGGAGCAAUGACUGGCAACUGCCAUUCAAUUCUGAUAAAUGUGGUGUCCUAUAUUUCAAUAACUCCCAUCCGAAUUUCAGGUUACACCUAGGUAACUCUUUUCUCCAAACCCUCAGUUCCAUAAAAGACCUGGGAGUUACCUACUCACAAAACUUAACAUUCAGUCAGUACGCAAAAGCACUUGUUUCUAAAUGCCGAAGACUCACAGGCUUGUUACAUCGAAAAAUGUACACAAAUGAGGCUAAAGUCCUUUUAUACAAAGUCAUGGUUCGUCCAGUACUUGAAUACUGCACAAUUGUCUUCGGUUUCAUGCAUGGGUAUGACAGGGUUCGUAUUGAAAAUAUUCAGCGAAGUUUUACUCGACGCCUAUUAUACAAACAUGAAGGACUGACUUACGCUGAUAGGUGCAAAAUGUAUGGACUUCAGCCACUUUGGUUAAGGCGCCUGAAACUCAACCUUACAUUCCUCUUUCGCCUUUUACACGGCUACACCAAAAGCAGUAAUCCAAUAGCUUUCAAUAAUUUACCCAUAUAUACUCUUAGGAAUCAUGAAAAUACUCUAUCCAUAAGCCGGUUCCGGACAAAACUGCGAUCACGUUUCUUUAAAAUACAGUACAGUGCAUUAUGGAACGAACUUCCACUUACUGUACGUAGUUGCCGAUCUCCUACUGAAUUCCAGCGUCUACUUAACGAGUUCCUAUCAACAAAAGAGCUUCGGUCUACUUAUCCAUACUUUAUCCAUAUGGGCCGCUCAACUAGCUUUAGUACUACAGACCCCAGUGCAAUACCCCCAAUUUGAGGAAACUCAUUUGCCCCGGCAACCGUACCUCAUCUAUAACGUGAUAAAACCAACCUAAUCUCUCCCACAUGCCUUUACCUAAGGUCCGGUUAUUCAGCUUACUAGAGAUCCUAUCGAUAUUUCUUCAAUCGGGUUUAUAAACUCAUUAGACUCUCCUGGAUGUAUAAUCCCAAAUUAGUUGUGAUAGUUCUCCCAUAAUAUAAGCAAACUGGUACUUUGUAAUGUCUAAAGCAUGCCAUAUGAAAAGUGGCCAGGAAUACCUAGCAAUAACAAACUCAACCAACCAACCAUUUUCCCCAAGUUCAUUCAACCUACCCUUAUCCCUAAUCGUACCACUACUCACUACACUCUACUCAGUAGAAUAUGACUUAAUUUGCUCCGGUGCUCAAAACUCUUCUACCCUUUACUUUUUAAAAAAGACGUUUUAACUACUAACUGCACAGUAGCCAUUUAACUAACUCACUGGUUUCCUCUUCACUGUAAUCUUCAAUAAGUUCGUCAGUAUAAUUAUUUCCGAAAACCAUUACAUUAGCAACCAUAUCUUUUAAUAUUUUACGAAUAUACUUAUAUUAUUAGCAUAAUACACUGCACUAUUUUUGAGUUGAAUUGAUUAUCUUCAGUCAACAGUUACCCAUUCUCAUAUAAUUUUCUAAAAUUCAUAAUGUUAAAGCUAUGUAGUAUUUCUGUUAAUAUCUUUUAUAAUAUGUUUAGACACGUUACUUUGCAAUGUCAGAUGUCUACUAUAUACAAGACUGUCAUGAUAAUUUAGUACACUAAGUCCUGCCAACCGACCUUACCUUCAGUUCAUACUACCUACAUUGAUCCCUAACUAUAUUGUUCUGCUGAAUCUUGCUUCACUAUUCACAAAACCUAUUCUUUUUAUUCUUUAAGGUUUUAACUUCUUGUAAAGUAAUCUGUUCAUUAGGACGCAUGCAUACAUAUAUAAUGUUCAUAAAGAUGUAUGUGGAGACCUAUUGGAAGCACUCAUUAAGAAAGCUAGGGAGAUGGAAUAUGGGGUACGAACAUGUCUGGUACCAAGCAGUAUAUUUGCGGUAGCCAUAAUAAUCAUAUUCUCAGAGCUUAACAUCAAAAAAGGAGGGAGGGUGGCGUUAGCUGAUCAGUAGAUAUGGUGGGGGUCACUAAGGUGAAUCGCCCCAUUCUGCAGGAACAGCAAUAUACAAAUUAAAGGCUCGAGAUAUUUCUGAUUUUUAUGAGGGCUUAGAUCUUUAUCUUGAAAAAGAUAAUAAUGAACGCCUUGACAGAUCAUGCUUCUACCUUUAAAUAUAUACCAUUCGCUCAGCCUAUUGUUGAGAUGCGACCAUGUGGGAUCUGCACAGAUUUAUGGGGCAUCUUAUAAAUCAACUUGCUGUCCAUUGUCGGAUCUUUAAAUACCACUUCACAAUGUCUUAUCUCAUUCAUUUUCUAAUAACGUCUUUACUUAAUCCUCAUUGUAUCCCAUUAAACCUAACAUUUUAUAGCUCUUUAUGAAUUUGAUUCGACUUAUUCUAUUCCUAUUCUCUGUGAGGUACGGUUGUGCACCAAAUGCAC